CUUCUCUUCUCGCCAGAACAUCCCACCGCCGCCCCCCUUCCCAAGGAGGUGCUUUGAUCGCUUCUCGAGUGUGUGUGUGUUCCCUGAGUGAAAUCCCUUUCACCCCUUUUUGACGUCGCUGGCAACCGGACAUACCAUAUCACAUUCAACAUCCAUCUUGACAACACACCCUAUUCCUUUCUUGUUGUUGCGUUGCUUGUCACUCUACGUUCAUUCUUCAACAUCUCCAUCGAACUCCCCAGAGAUCUGUGAUCCUACAUCGACGGAAAACCUUUUCCAUCCAUCGCACCCCUUCUCUCUCGCUCUCGCUCGCGACUGGACUCGACUCUUUCUCACACUCUUUUGGUCAGCUCACGGUCCUUUCAACGAACGAACGAACGAACAAACGACAACAAGGCCCGAUAGCAUAGGUAUUCGACUGACGACAACCCCAUCAUGCGAUUCUCAAUCCCCUUGACCACUCUCGCGGUUUUGGUGUUCAACUUGGCGACGACGGAAGCUUAUCCCAGAGGGAGAGCUCAAUGGAAGCGACAGGAUGAAGAUAUCGUGACGAUCACCGCUGUCGAUGCGUCUGCUUCGGUCAGCGCGUCAGCGGCGGCUGUAGAGUCAUCCUCGGCGGUGGCACCGUCAAAGUCCGCUUCGGCAUCCGACUCCCUCAUCCCAGAGAUGGCCAGUACGAGUGCUAGUGUAGUUGUCAAUCCGAGCGCCAGCGAGUCCUCCGGGUUCAGCCCCACUUCAAGUGCCCCUGCGUCUCCAGAGGAGACUGGAGCAGUAGGUGAAGACCAAGCAGAAGACGAAGACUGCAAUGAAGAGGGAGGAGAAGACGCAGCCACCAGCACAUCAUCCAACGCUGAAAUAUCCACCUCGGCGGCGGCGGCGUCCGUAUCGACUGGUGAUCAAUCUGGCGGCGCUCAAAUCGUACCUACUUCUACUGUCAGCUCCCCUCCAGCAACCUCGACAGAGGAUGCGUCAACUGAAGAGAUGGACGAAUGUGAUGAAGAGGACGAGGAGGAUGAAGAAGAGGAGUGUGAGGAUGAAGGCGAUGACGGUAAUGGCACAGAUGGAAAUGGCUCAAGCGGGACUGGAAACGUUGGCAUCGUUCAACCUAGCGCCUCUACCUCAUUCACGCCUCCCGACACCACUAGCAUCGCCUCUCCUCCUCCACCACCACCUCCUGUGACGUCCACUGCAAAUGGACCUUCGUCGCAGGCUUCUCAAGCAAGUGUCAACCCACCUGGUGGCAGUGAACCCAACGGAUCCAAUGAUGACAAUUGUGGUGGUGUCACCACCGUGACAGUCACUGUGACGGCUCCCGCCGUCAAUGCUCAGCCCACCGGUACUGACGCUAACACCGGAGAUACUGGCGGCAACGACUCAGGUUCUGGCUCGGGCAACAACGCCGUCGUCGUUCCUAGCAGCAUAUCCGCUGCCAACUCUCAACCCUCCACGUCAACAACCACCAAUCCAGGUCAAGGGGCAGGCACUUCAACUCCUGGAGGCGAAGGUGAAGGUGAUGAUGGUGAAGACUGUGAGGACGAUGACGACGACGACGAUGACGACGACGAUGAUUCGGAUCUCCCUUACUGUGAUGAGAUCGAUGAUGAAUCAGCGGUAUCUACGUCGAGCGCCGCUGCUAGUGAGCCUACAGGCUCUCUUGGACCCAUAUCUGGUGCCUCGACGGUUCCUGCAUCCACUUCUCAAGCUGUCGAGGCGGUCGAGACUGUAUCAACGACCAGCGCCGCCGCGUCAGCCACGUCCGCGGCACCCAGUGGCACGUCUGAGAGCUCUGUCGCCUCCAUCUCUGCUUCUGCUUCCAUCUCCGCAUCGGCCUCGGCUUCUGCUUCCGCUUCCGCCUCUGGUCCAGGCGGUGCCAACCUCCAUGCGGAUCCUACGCCUUCUGGCUCUGGCUCCAGCGUCAUGGCAAGUGCCACUGGAUCGACGAGCGAAACACCCACGUCGACCAUCUCCAGUGCACCUUCAGAAUCCGCCGCCGUCGAGUCGUCCGCCGCAUCCUCCUCCACCUCUGCAGCUUCAGCCGAGGAAUCUGAUGAUUGCAACGAGACUGAAGAAGAGCAAGGCGAGAAUGCUCAAAAAGAAAACGUCCGAAGGGCUUCUGUGCCUGCUUCGCCUGUCACGACUCGCUAUGCCCACGGACAGAUCGCAAACUCUCAACCUACUCGACGGGCUAUCCACUGGCGAGGAUAGUCCAAACACUUGCGCAUUCCGUUCCAAAAUAUCGCCCACGAGACCUUUGUUCUCUAUAUCGAUUGAAUCUGCUACACUGCCCUUUUGCUCAGCUGCAUCGAGUGUAUCCUGGGGGGAGAGCGGUUACUUCCAAUUUUCAUCAUUUAAAUGCUUGAUGCAUAGUCUGUGAAACGAGUGCUGUCAACAUCAGUACAGAGAGCUGCUAUA